CAGGCCUUCAUCUGCUCCGUUUUCUUUCGUCUCCACUGGCCCCCCCAGCCUGAGUCCCGCCGGGAGCGCGCACAGACGAAGAGAGCUCAGAAGAUCGAUCGAUCGAUCGCUCGCUCGCUCGUUGGGGAUUCGCCCUAGGAGAAGGGCUAGCCCAAAAAAGUAAGAAACAUGGUAGAAAAUGGCACGGAUGAGCAACCAAAAGGGGUGUCUCGGAAUUGUCCCCCAGCUCAUAUGAAUGGUGAUGAGGAAAAGGUGUAUCCUGGACAACUUCCAGUGUUGACCUGGGAACACAAGCUAACUCAUGUUAGACAUGAUUUGCCAUCAUUCAGGCUUACAUGGAGAGAGACAAGGCAGCUGGCUGGUAUUGGUCUUCGUCUUGGUCGACAUAUCCUUGAAGAAACUUCAAAAGGACGAGUUUCUGUUAUUGAUCCUAUGAAAAAGCGAAUUGCAAAAUCCGGUCAGGGUGUUCCACUUGGUGGCAUUGGUGCAGGAAGUAUUGGAAGAAGCUACACAGGUGACUUCCAACGUUGGCAAUUGUUUCCAGGAACUUGUGAGGACAAACCUGUACUGGCUAAUCAAUUUUCUGCCUUCAUUUCCCACCAAGAUGGUCGAAAAUAUUCCACAGUGUUGCAUCCUGGGAAACCAGAUUUGCCAAAAGGAAGUGAGAUUUCAGGAAUUGGAUCCUGGGACUGGAAUAUGAGUGGACAACACUCUACUUAUCAUGCUCUUUACCCUAGGGCCUGGACAGUAUAUGAUGGAGAACCUGAUCCGGAGCUCAAUAUAGUAUGCCGUCAGAUUUCUCCAAUUAUUCCACACAAUUAUCAACAGAGCAGCUAUCCAGCUGCAGUAUUCACUUUCACAGUAACUAAUUCAGGACAUACAGCUGCUGAUGUGACUUUGCUUUUUACAUGGGCUAACUCUGUUGGUGGAAAAUCUGAGCUCACGGGAUACCAUUCCAACUCCAGUAUGAUAGAAAAGGAUGGCGUUCAUGGCAUACUGUUACAUCACAGCAGAACAGCAGAUGGUCAACCACCUGUAACUUUCGCGAUAGCUGCACAGGAGAAAGAGGAUAUUCAUAUCUCUGAAUGUCCCUGCUUCCUAAUAUCUGGGAACUCUGAUGGAUUCACAGCAAAAGAUAUGUGGAAUUCUGUGAAAGAGCAUGGAUCUUUUGAUCAUCUUGAUCCCAUCAAAACUUCAAUGUGCUCCAAGCCAGGAUCAUCAAUAGGGGCAGCUAUUGCCGCUUCUCUUAAGAUUGCUCCCAAGGCAACCCAGGAUGUUUCAUUUUCACUUGCAUGGGCUUGUCCUGAAGUGAAGUUCUCCAGUGGGAAAACAUAUCAUAGGCGUUACACCAAGUUUUAUGGCACAGAUGUUGAUGCAGCAGCAAGCCUUGCUCAUGAUGCUAUUCUUGAACAUACUACCUGGGAGAGGCAGAUUGAGGACUGGCAGGAUCCUAUUUUGCAAGACGAGAGGUUUCCUGCAUGGUAUCCAGUUACGCUAUUCAAUGAACUAUAUUAUCUUAACGCUGGAGGAACUAUAUGGACAGAUGGAUUGCCACCAAUUCAAAGCUUGACAGCAAUUGGUGGUAAAAAAUUUUCUCUUGACAUGUUAAACGAUGAUGAUGUCAAUGAGAUGAUCCAACAGAAUAAUACUGCUUCUGACAUUCUUCAUCGAAUGGCAUCAAUACUUGAGAGGAUGCAUGCAUCUAUUGCAUCGAAUUCUGCUAUAGGAACAACUUUGCUCCAUGGCGAAGAGAACAUUGGGCAAUUUCUGUACCUUGAGGGCAUUGAGUAUUAUAUGUGGAACACAUAUGAUGUCCACUUUUAUGCAUCAUUUUCACUGGUCAUGUUAUUUCCAAAACUUCAAAUUAGCGUUCAGAGAGACUUUGCCGCUGCUGUCAUGAUGCAUGAUCCUGAAAAGCUCAGGAUCUUGCAUGAUGGGAAAUGGGCUGCAAGAAAAGUUCUCGGUGCUGUUCCUCAUGAUCUUGGGUUAUAUGACCCGUGGUUCAAAGUGAAUGCGUAUACACUCUAUAAUACUGAUCGAUGGAAAGAUUUGAAUCCAAAGUUUGUGCUGCAAGUUUAUAGAGAUGUUGUGGCCACAGGGGAUAAAUCCUUUGCCCGAGCUGUUUGGCCGUCAGUUUAUAUGGCAAUGGCAUAUAUGGAGCAAUUUGACAAGGAUAAAGAUGGGAUGAUUGAAAAUGAGAAUUUCCCAGAUCAAACAUAUGAUGUGUGGUCAAUGGCUGGUAUAAGUGCAUACUGCGGUGGUCUUUGGGUGGCUGCUCUUCAGGCUGCAUCAGCCUUGGCACGGGAAGUUGGUGACGAAGCUUCUGAAAAGCUUUUUUGGGACAAAUAUGAGAAGGCCAAGUCUGUGUAUAGCAAGUUAUGGAAUGGUUCUUACUUCAAUUAUGAUGAUGGUGACAACAAAGUGAGCACAUCUAUCCAAGCAGAUCAAUUGGCUGGGCAGUGGUACGCCAAAGCGUGUGGUCUCUUCCCAAUUGUUGACAAGGAUAAGGCACAAAGUGCAUUAGAAAAGAUAUAUUCUUUCAACGUGAUGAAGUUUAAGGAUGGUACAAGGGGAGCGAUGAAUGGGAUGUGGCCAGAUGGCACACUGGACAUGUCUGCAAUGCAGUCUAGGGAGAUAUGGCCAGGUGUGACAUAUGCACUAGCUGCGACCAUGAUUCAAGAAGGCAUGGUAGAGCAGGGGUUUAAGACAGCUGAAGGGAUCUAUCAUGCUGCCUGGUCUCCAGAAGGACUUGGAUACUCAUUCCAAACUCCUGAAGCUUGGAACAAUGACGACGAGUACCGGUCCCUGUGCUACAUGCGUCCGCUUGCCAUAUGGGCAAUACAGUGGGCAUUGUCCAACCCGAAGCUCCACAACACUCCUCAGACAGAUAUAGCCCAGGAUUCUUUCCCCAAGACCCAGAUCUCUUACACACGAAUUGCGAAGCUCCUGCAGUUGCCUGAAGAUGAAUCGUCUAAGAGCUUCGUUAGAGUGGUGUAUGAGAUUAUCCAAAACAGGUUUUGGUCCUGAUCUGAAACAGGUCAGAGCCCCAGAUGCCUGAAAGUAUAGAAGGUCCAAACAAUUCAAACAUUCGUAGGUGUGAUUGUUGAUUGUGAACAUCGUCGCUGUUGCUCUGGAACAUUCGUAUAUAAUUGGUGGUGAUAAAUAUAUGGAAUAUGGCUACCGAGAGGGCAAUAAUGGUAAAUAUUUUGUUGAGUUCUUUUUCCAAA